CGCCUUGUCGUCAAACUGUUUUGGGAUGUCGCUCCCAUUGCUUGCGAAAACUUUGCUACGCUAUGUGCAAACGGAUCCUCGCGACCAGUCCCUUUAGGGGAUUCUGGCAAGCCCCUCACAUACCGAGGUUCCAUAAUACACCGCAUCGUACCAGGCUUCAUUGCACAAGGUGGCGACUUUGUGAUGGGUAAUGGAAGUGGCGGCGAAUCUAUCUACAAUAAAAAGUUCAAGGACGAAAAGGCGGGUUUGAAUUUAAAACACAACCGUCGUGGUGUCUUGUCUAUGGGCAAUGCAGGGAAAAACUCCAAUUCGAGCCAAUUCUUUUUCACCUUUGCGCCUGCAUCUAUCUGUGAUGGAAAGCACGUUGUAUUUGGGAGGAUUGUAAGUGGUUGGCCGGUGUUGGAUGCAUUGGAGAAAAUUGAUACAUCUACUGAUGGCUGUCCUGAUAUUCAGGUCCUCGUCACCGAUUGCGGU